UUCUCCCCUUGAUAGAGGAAAACGUUUUGGUAUGACUUAUGAGAAACAUGAAUGAGAUGAUGUUGAAGAAGAGGAGCACAAACUAUCUUCCGGAGGAUUUGGUAGUGGAGAUACUCUCUAGGGUUCCGUUGACUUCUUUGGCAAGAUUACGAUGGGCAUGCAAAGGAUGGAACGAUCUGAUCAAAGAUAAGAUACUUGCAAUGAAGCCGUCUCAAAUCAUCGUGUUGAUUGACUCUAGGGUUUAUUUAGCGAGCGUCGAUAUGCAUAAAAUUGACAACAACAAGGUAAACCUAACAAGUCAAUUUAGCCUAAAAGAUCCUCUUUCUCAUAAUUUUUCAGAAGAAGUCGACAUACAAAACGUCUUUCACUGCGAUGGCUUGCUAUGCACCACCAAAGACGAUAGACUGGUUGUUUGGAAUCCGCUUUCACGUGAAACAAGGUGGAUUCAACCGAGAAGUACCAACAAAGAGUUCGAAUACUUUGCUCUCGGUAUAUCCUCAAGCAACAAGUACAAAAUCUUGAGGAUUGUUCACACUGGUAAAACUCACCCAGGCUUACUUGAGUUCGAAAUCUAUGACUUUACCUCUAAUUCGUGGAAGGUUAUUAGUGAGAGUAGAGACUGGUUAAAACCAUUGUGGAAGAGCUGCGUUAUGUCAGUGAAUGGAAACAUUUACUGGCUUGCUUUUAGAGAAGGCGAUGGGAUUUUCUUACAAAGUUUUGAUUUUUCAACAGAGAGAUUUAGAAGGGUGUCUCUUCCGGGUGAUCAUCAUUAUUAUAAUAUUUUAAGCUUAGCAGUGACAAGAGAAAAGCAACAACUUUGUUUGCUUACUCAGGACAGGCAGGUACCCGCUAAUAAUGUAUGGAUUGCAACUAAGAUUGAGAGUAAAAGAGCCGCGUCAUGGAUCAAGUUUCUAUCAUUUGAUUUACCCAAUUUCCACCAUCCUUUUCACUUUUGUAGUCCCAUGAAUUUCUUGGUCGACCGAGAGAACAAAGUUUUAGUGUGUCCCGGUAAAAAUAAUGGGGUCUCCAACAACUUCUUAAACAUUUUAGGAGAAAAUAAAUUCAUACAAGUCGAUCAUCAAGAUGGGAAAUCUGUAUGCUCACUUCUCGUCAAUUAUGUUCCAACUUUUGUUCAGAUCCAUCAAGGUUCUUUGAAGUAGGUAAAAGGGUACUUGAGGUAGUGAUUUAUAAUGGUCAUACUAAUGUAUGCAUUCUAUCCAACUCUUGAGAUUUUAAAUGA